CCGCAUCCCCGCCCUUCCCGGAGAGAGACUUAAAGGGCCGAUUGACUCGGCGGCCGCGGGAUGCCCCCAGCGCUGACCGCCCCGGGCCCGUGCCCACCCGCGUCAAGGCUCUCGCACCGACCCCGCGACACCAUGUAAACGGCGUCAGCAGGCGGACGCUGGUUUCUCCGCCCCGGACCCCUCCGCCCUGCCUCGGGCCCGGGGCCCCUCAAUGAGGUCGCACUAUGCUGACGGGGGUGACCGACGGGAUCCUGUGCUGCCUGCUGGGUGCACCCCCCAAUGCCGUGGGGCCCCUGGAGAGCGUCGAGUGCAGCGAUGGCUACUCUUUCGUGGAGGUGAAGCCGGGCCGCGUGCUGCGGGUGAAGCACGCGGGCCCAGUGCCCGCGCCCAGCCCAGUGCCUUCGGUGUCUGAGGAUGCACCGGGAGAGCGCAUGGGCCUGGUGCGCUGCCAGCGCCGCAUCACCGUGUACCGGAACGGGCGCCUGCUGGUGGAGAACCUGGGCCGUGCCCCGCGGGCCGACCUGCUGCAGGGCCACAAUGGCUCCGGGGAGCCGCCCGCAGCGCUGGAGGUGGAGCUGGCUGACCCCGCAGCCAGCCGUGACAGUCGCCCCGGCUCAGGCAGCGCCAGUGCAGGCCGACGGCGGCGCGCGCGGCGGCCCAAGCGCACCAUCAACAUUGACUGCGAGAAGCACAUCACCAGCUGCAAGGGCUCACAGGCCGACGUGGUACUCUUCUUCAUCCACGGCGUGGGCGGCUCACUGGCCAUCUGGAAGGAACAGCUGGACUUCUUCGUGCGUCUGGGCUAUGAGGUGGUUGCGCCUGACCUGGCGGGUCACGGUGCCAGUUCCGCGCCCCAGGUGGCGGCCGCUUACACCUUCUACGCGCUGGCCGAGGACAUGCGGGCCAUCUUCAAGCGCUAUGCCAAGAAACGGAACGUGCUCAUAGGACACUCCUACGGUGUCUCUUUCUGCACCUUCCUGGCCCACGAGUACCCGGACCUGGUGCAUAAGGUGAUCAUGAUCAACGGCGGUGGCCCCACGGCCCUGGAGCCCAGCCUCUGCUCCAUCUUCAACAUGCCCGCCUGUGUCCUGCACUGCCUCUCGCCCUGCCUGGCCUGGAGCUUCCUCAAGGCAGGCUUCGCCCGCCAGGGCGCCAAGGAGAAGCAGCUGCUGAAGGAGGGCAAUGCCUUCAAUGUGUCGUCCUUUGUGCUACGGGCCAUGAUGAGUGGCCAGUACUGGCCGGAGGGGGACGAGGUCUACCAUGCUGAGCUGACCGUGCCGGUGCUGCUGGUCCACGGCAUGCAUGACAAGUUUGUGCCAGUGGAGGAGGACCAGCGCAUGGCUGAGAUCCUGCUCCUGGCCUUCCUAAAGCUCAUAGAUGAGGGCAGCCACAUGGUGAUGCUGGAGUGCCCCGAGACCGUCAACACGCUGCUACACGAGUUUCUGCUCUGGGAACCCGAGCCCUCUCCCAGGGCCCUGCCGGACCCUCCUGCUGCACCCUCGCCCCCACCUGCAGAGAAGUAGCCACGGGUGGAUCACUGCUUGGUGAGCAGAGGAUGCCCCUGGGGGCACAGCGCCUUCAGGGUGGGGCUCCCCUGGCCUGGUGGGCACCACACAGACGCACACGGUGAGGAACCACAGCCUGGACCCCUGCAAAGGCUCUCCUUGUAUAGAAGCCCCCCUUCCAUGAUGUCACGGCUGACGCUGCCCCAUCCACUCCCUGCUCUGUCUUCCGCAUCAGCCGUGCUAUCUGGGCCCUAAGAGGACUCGGGGUGCUGCCCCAGACAUAGCCAGAGCCCCUGCAGCCCACCCCAACCCCCAUUUCUUGGCCAUGGGAGCUACUGUUGCUCAAGGUGGGGAGGGACUGGGGGUGGGGGGCCGGGCACCACUGAACCUGCACAUCUCAACUUGUAACUCAAUAAAUGGAAGUGACAGAGUC